AAAAAAAAAAAAAAAAAAAACCGGUUCGUAAGAAUAUUGUCUAAUUAGCCAAUUUCGACUUGAAUCUCGUCUACUCUACUUCGCUUGCAACAAUAUUAAAACUUAUGACAACGUGAACUUGCUCGUUCAAUUGUUCUUCGGUCUCGCGCGCGACAAUCGCGAACGGAAAAUCUCUCGUGCGAUCCGGAGCUAUCGUUCGUCAAUCGGACUCAACAGAAAAAUUUGUCACGGAGAGAAUAAUCACGAUGGAGCAACAUAACGAGGAACUGACGUCGUCGGAGCUGGGUACUCGAGAGUUCUGGGAAAACGCUUACGCGCAGGAGCUUGACAACUUCCGUGACCACGGCGACGUGGGCGAGGUAUGGUUCGGCGCGGCCAACUCGCGCAAGAUCGUACGAUGGAUCGCCGCGAAACUGGAUCUAAAUAAAGAUAGCGAUGAGAUAAUCGACGUAGGAUGCGGCAAUGCGAUGACUUUGGUGGGACUCGCUCAAGCGGGAUUCGCUAAUUUGACGGGGGUGGAUUACUCGCAGAAAGCGGUAGAUCUUGCCCGCAUGAUACUUAACGAUAACAAUUUGCCGAAUGUGAAAUUAGAAGUUUGCGAUAUUCUUAACGAUACAUUGUCGCGUGACUACAAACUCGUUCACGAUAAAGGCACCUACGACGCAAUUAGUCUGAAUCCGGAUGAUCCGUCAGCGAAGAGACAGAAAUAUAUUGAAACCAUACAUCGCAUCCUUCUGCCGAAAGGAUAUUUGGUGCUGACUUCCUGUAACUGGACCAAAGCAGAAUUGUUACAGCAUUUUGCGAAUUAUUUCGAACUGGAAAGUCAACUUCCCACGGAUACGUUCCAGUUUGGCGGGCAAACAGGGAAUGCUAUAACACAAUUAGUGUUAAGGAAAAAAUAAUCAACUUCUGUGUGCUCUUAUCGAAAUAAAUGAGAUAUUUU